CUCAUCCUUUAUUGUUUAUUGUAAUAGAAGUGGAGCAUCCGAAAAACCUUGUAUCUCUCAGCUUACGUAACUUAAGAACUUUAUAAACCUAUAUCGGUUAUUAAUGUCCUAAGGCAUGUACAGAGUUUUUUUUCUUUUUUUUUUGGUUAUUCGACCGGCUAUGCAAAUUAGCUAGUUUGUAUAGUAAGUUAUAAACGAGUACAAAAGUUUUAUUUUAGUUUGUAAGAGAUAAGAGCAAACAAUAGAUUUCUUUCGUUUCUUUUUUGAAAAAAAACUUCUAGAAUAUCAGCUAAUUAUCUAUGCAAAGAUUCUUUAUUGUUUAAGGAUGAUGAAAGAAUCAAUCCUGAAUGAAAAUGAAGUUGUUGAUGAUAAUGAUGAUUUUCUGAAAGAAGUUGAUUUCUUCUUUCCUUUCGAAGAUAUACCGAUUGCAAUGGAUCAAUCUCCACUUCUUUUAACGAAUGAUCUCGAAGAUUGUAUCAUUACUAAUUGCAAUGAAGAUAUGGAAGAAUUCGAUAUAGAAUGGCAAAAAAUAAACGUCAUUUUACAAAAACUUUUACAGCGUAGCGUAAAAAUAUUUCUAGAUGAUGACCGAACGAGAAUGAGAUCGGAGAAUUAUUGGUCUGAAAGAUUAGACGAUUUAGACACUUACAUCAAAGACGAAAAUACCUCAGAGAGAUGGACCGCUUUCGAAAGUCCGACUUAUACUUCAAACUUUCCAAAAAAUUUAGGCUUAAUUGGACCUUGUCUUAUAAAAAUUAACGACAUAAUGGUGAACCCUUUUAUGCGCGAUUGUUUUAUCGAAGUUGAUAAAAUGACAAUGAUAAAUAAGACAAACUCCUUAGUGAACAAGGAAGAAACUUUCGACCAAGUUUUGAGAACUAGAAGAGUUGAAUUUCUCUGCGAUGAAGAUAAAAUUUCAGCAAUAUGUCAUGAACUAACAACAAAGUUUUCAUCUUUAUAUAAAGUUACUUCUUAUCGUAAUGGGGUUUAUGGGAUAUGUUUAAUGUCGAAGGAAGAUGAAAUAAAAGAUGAAGAACAACAAUUAUUUGAUUCAGUUUAUCCAAUUAAAGAUUUAAAUGGUCUAUCGUCCGCAUUGUUGGAUAACAAUCAACAAGAUUCAAUAUUUGUUUUACAUAAAAUUAUCUCAAGGAAAAGUGGAGAAACUGGUAGCCAUUUAAUAAAUAACGUUAUGAAUAAAUUAUUUUCAACCGAUGUUGCACGUUAUUUCGUUUUUGAUGAAAAGUUAUGUGAUACUUGUAGUAUUUUGGAUGAUAAAAAGAGAUUUCGGUUACAAAGUCUACAUUUUUUCCUUUUUGGAGUAUUUCCGGCCUUAAUGAAUCAUAAACUUUUGAUCGAAUGCCAUCCUGGUCCAAUAGAUCGACUUCAUCUUAUAAAUGUUACUGUUUCCAAAUGGUUAGAUAGAGCAACUAUUGACAAUAAAUAGACAUUUUUUAAAAAUUUCUCUCUCUCUCUCUCUCUUUUUUCUACAUUUCUCUUUUUGUUCAAAAACUUAUUCCAAAUGCUUUUUAAGAGAAAAAAGUAAUAUUUAUUUUUACUUAAUACACA